UUUCCUAUUCCUUUUCCUUUCAACUUUCCAAUCGUCUAGUUGUCACGUGCUCUAUUAAUCAUCUCAUAUUGUACCUCUAAAUCUCUCUGAAAGCAGUUUGGCAAAUUGAAACGCAAAGCAAACCGAAAAUGGAUGCUUCCAACCCUAACCGUGAGCCCUCGGAUGCCUCCAUCAUCAAGCUUGAAUCCUCGGAUGGGGUGAUCUUUCCGACGCAAUUUCGAGUCGCCAAGGUCUCCGAAACCAUCAAGACCAUGUUGGCGGUCUCUGCCUUGGAAAACGGCGAGAAUCCAAUUGUGCCGCUGCCCAAUGUGGACGCGUUCAUCCUAAAUAAGAUUUUAAUCUGGGCCGAUCACCACAAGAACGAUGAUGCCCAGGCAACGGAGGGUGUGGAGGUGAUCCCGGGAAGCCCACCUGUCAUCUCCCCAUGGGACGCCAACUUCAUUAACGUCGAUCUACCCAUCUUGUUCGAAAUCAUACAGGCCGCCAAGUAUCUGGAGAUCAAGGACCUAGUGGAUCUCUGUUGCAAGACGGUGGCCAAUAUGAUUCGGGGCAAGACUCCCGAGCAGAUCAGCCGCAUCUUCAACAUCCAAAGAGACUUACCGAGCACGACAUCCCAGAGGGGCGAGGAGCUGUGAGGCACAGUCUCUUUCGGACCAAAUCCAGUUGGGACACCUGGAGAAGAAGAGGAGAAAACUUUCUGCACUGGAACCCCACUUUGUUGACAACUUUUUGGUUUACCUGAAUAAAUGUGAAUUCCAGUGUUGUGAAAAGUA